AUGGCUGCUGCUCUCCCCGCUCUCAAGUUCCUCACUGUUCCACCCGCUGCCGCACACACCGCUACCGUCAUUUUCGUCCAUGGCCUUGGAGACACUGGCCAUGGUUGGCGCCCCGUUGCCGACAUGUUCAAAGUCGACCCCGCUCUCGCCCAUGUUAAAUGGGUGCUGCCUCACUCCCCCGAGCGUCCUGUCAGGGCGAAUAUGGGAAUGGUGAUGCCGUCAUGGUUUGACAUAUAUUCCUUCGGGUUCGAUACAGAAGAAGAUGAACAAGGAAUGCGCCAAUCGGCGAAUAUGAUCCAUGAACUGAUCAGAAAGGAGAUCAGCAAUGGCAUUGCGCCAGAGCGUAUCGUUCUCGGAGGAUUCAGCCAAGGGGGAACUAUGUCCCUCCUUUCUGGCCUUACAGGCGAACACAAGCUAGCUGGGCUAGUAGUUCUUAGCGGCUGGCUCCCUCUGCGACACAAAUUCAAAGAACUGGCUUCUCCCCACGCUGCUUCUUCCUCUAUCUUCUGGGGGACGGGCAGCGCCGACCCCCUUGUCAAGCUAGAAAUUUCGAAUGCCUCUGCAGAUUUCCUCACUAAGGAACUCGGGAUUCCCAAGGCAAAGCCUAACGAGCCCCAAGGACUCUCAUACAACGUCUACCCAGGCAUGAUUCACGGAACGAACCCGGAAGAAUUAAACUCCGUAAAGACGUUCAUUAAACAGGUCAUCCCAAGUUCCUAA